AUGUUACAGCCAGUACCUUCCAGUCAAAUUUUAAAUGCGCCAUUCGCUGGUUGGAAUGUCGUCGACUCGGCUACGGCUGCCGCUGUAGCCAAUAACAUAUAUCCAUUCAAUAGCAAAUCGCAAUCACAACAUCUCAAUAUGAAUAAAAGUAGUAACGGCAAUAGUAGUACCGAGGGCAAAACAUCUCUCAAUAACCAUGAUAAUAGUCUUUCGAUGACUCCUUCGUGUAGUACAAAUAACAGUCAGAACGUUACAACUAAUGUUGAUAGCAGCAAUGCUAAUAUUAGAAGUGGCACCACUAACAACGGUGAUUGCAAUAGCAUUAACCAUAACAACACUCACCGUUACAACCAGGGUACUUGUAGCUAUCAAGGCGGGCAUAACAUUUCCAGACGUCAGAAUGGGCAAAGCUUAACAUUACCACCUUCGAACCAUUUUAACAAAUCGCAAACACCCAUCUACGUCCCACCGAAUAGUAUCCGCAGUCAUGCAAGCCUCUAUGGAGCAUGGAGCGUACUCCAUCAAAGUCGAUCCCUAGAUUUUAGUAGUCCAAUGUUCAAUAUGUGGUAUCCAAAAUAUAGCCUUGAGUCUACACCUCAUUCUUCGAUGUAUACGGCCAACUAUCCAAGUGGAUUUACUACAGUAACACCUAGUAAUCAUCCAUUAACGACAACAUGUUCGGUCCCAUCUGCAAGUGGAUUGCAACAUUGGAUGGAAACUAACAAUUCAACGCACACUCGUUCGCAGCAUUCGGCACAUUCGUCUGUAUCACCUGGAUCACCAUCAGCUAUCCAUGAUGCAAGCUUUUCACAUCGACACAAUGAUAAUAAGAAGAAGAUAAAGAAUGGUAAUGCAACUAAAGGGACAAGAGCUUGUGCUAAUUGCGGUGUGAUUUCUACGCCAUUAUGGCGUCGGGAUGGCAGUGGACAAUAUCUUUGUAAUGCUUGUGGUCUUUAUCAUAAGAUUAAUGGGGUUAAUAGACCGUUAGUAAAACCAAACAAAAGAUUGUCAUCCACACGAAGAAUGGACUUGAUUUGUGCCAAUUGUAACACCGAUAGAACUACACUAUGGAGGAGAAAUAAAUAUGGACAGCCUGUGUGUAAUGCUUGUGGCCUAUACUUUAAACUUCAUGAAAUAAAUCGGCCGAUGUCCCUAAAAAAGGAAUGGAUACAAACUAGGAAAAGAAAACAUAAGAUUAAAUCAAAGAAAAAGAAUCAUAUGGCUUUAUCACCUGGAUCUAAAUCUCUAUCUAAUACUUCAAUUUUUUCCAUGGAUGAGGAUGAGAUAGAACAUCAACAUUACUCAACUUCAGCACUCUACGCUGAGGAAAUAGAUAGCAAUGACCAUGGCUUGGUUAUGGAUGUAACCGCUCAUAAAUUUUUCAUCGUUGUAAUGGAAGUGACAUAA